AUUCAAAUUUCAAUCAAAAAUUCGACAAACCCAAUCCCAUAGAUUCAUAAAUUCUUAUUCCACCCGUAAUUCCUAAAUUUAACUAAAUAUAAGUUUUUAAAUUAAUAAAAAUUUCUUCUUUACCAAUUUCAUAAACACCUAUUCAAAAUGCCCCGUGGAAAGUACACUAACCACAAGGGCCGCAACCGCAAAUUCACGAGCCCCGAAGAGUUAGAAGAGCAACGGAAGCAGGAAGAGCUGAAAAAGAAGUGGAGAAAGGAACACGGAGAUGAAAGUUCAAGUGAGGAAGAGUCUGAUGGGAACAAGUCUGGGUCAGGAAGCAGUGAUGAAAGUGAUUCAGAUGAUGAUACACCUGCAAAAGCAAAAGGUGUUUCAGGGUUAAUAGAAGUAGAAAACCCUAACCGUGUAGUUAAAAAGAAUAAGAAACUGUCUAAUCUGGAUAACCUUGGGGAAGGAGAGAAACCUCAGCUUUCAAGGCGUGAACGCGAAGAAAUAGAAAGGCAGCGUGCGGCAGCAGCCUAUCAGAAAGCACAUGCAGAGGGCAAAACAGAGCAGGCUAGAGCUGAUCUCGCGAGGCUCGCCAUUAUUAGGCAGCAGAGAGAAGAGGCCGCCAAGAGACGCGAAGCCGAAAAAAAAGCUAAGGAUGAAACUCCAAAGAAAAGGUAAAGCAUGGCCUGGAGUUAAAACUGCACCAGUUUAUCGACGUCUCAAGAAUGACUUCCUAAAAUAUAUAUUGUAACUUGAUUUUAUAUCUCAGACAAAUUGUGUUCAUAAUUUUCAAUGCCUAAUUUUAUUUACUUAAAGCCAACUUGUCAGAAUAACAGUUUCUUUAUUUAUUAGACGAAUUAAUGCAAUUUAAAUAGCAGUAAAUCUUUUUAACAUAAUAUCUAAAGAGUAUUUUGGUGAAAUUCAAUAAACACAAGUUAACAAAGCUGAUGCCAGUGCGACACAAGCACAGUUUUCUCAGACAGAGUAAACGGAUUAACUGAUCAAAUUUUUUAAUUAAAAUGUGUAACCUGUCAAUUUUAAACCAUAGUCUGUAAAAAUACACUUUCAUUGGGUUAAUGAUUACAUUGCGUUACCUUAUAAACAAUUAAACAUAAAAAAGUAUAUUCAAUAAUUCCUGUAAUACUAAAUGGUAAUUACUUCUUGCGGUAAAUAACAAAAAACACUAUACAAUUUCUUUAUUUUCGAUGUCUCAGUCAACAGUAUUGUUGAAGCUUAUGGUGGUAAGUGUACUGUGAUUUAAAAACAUACAUCUCUCAUUCACUCUUCAGACAGUAGCUCAUGUCUGGUGAGUGGACUACCUGUUUUAACUGGUUACUGCCCAUCGCCUCUGAUGGGUGAAAGACCUCGUGAUCUUUUGGUUUCUGCGCUACCAAUCACCAUCAGUUUCUCCAACUUCUCAUGGCCUCUGCUACAAACAUACUUAGAGAAGAUUGAUGCAAUUAAUAAUGUAAUAUAUCAGCAAGAAGUUUUAUGCUAUUUGUUUAAAAUUAUUUUUAAUUGUAUAAAAACUAAAAAAAAAUGGAACACAGUGCAAGGUAGACAAUGUAAUCGCUCUAGUACACACGCCCGAGCCAAUAUUCGUACAAUUACUCCUGUAAGCGGUCCGAUGAGACUGAUCGUGUCUACGCCAGCUCUACAUGACAAGUCGAUCAUUGACGUAAGAACAGCUUUUACACGGCACAACCAUGUCUAAUGAAAAGGUCCCGUUUUCUUGAGAUUUGCAAAGGAAGUGACUAGACGUAUUCUCUAUUAAUUAUGCCAUACAAACAUUAAUUAAUGAAUAUAAUAAUUGUUUAUAAUUUUAUCAACCAGCGUACAGGUAUUAAUUUUGGGAAUAUAAAUUUGUUCUAUCUGUAUGCUAAUGUAUUUUAUUUAUUCUCACAGAUUGUGUCAACUUUCUAGCUCUAAUUACUAUUAGAUAGUCUCACUAGACAAUUUUUAUAUGGAAAUGUAUCUAUUUAAUAAAGUUUCAAAAAUGA